AUGCCUCUCCUCUUCUUGCUGCUCCUGCUGCCAAGUCCCUCACACCCUGAAUCCACCUGUGAGGUCUCCAAAGUGACCAGCAAGCUAGAAGUGAACUGCGAUAAGAGGAAGCUGCUGGCGCUGCCUCCAGACCUUCCAGCAGACACAAGCAUCCUCCACUUGGGUGGGAACCCGCUGCGUACCUUCUCCACGGCAGCCCUGGUGCCUUUCACCCACCUCACUCAGCUGUACCUAGAUCAAUGCGAGCUGACCCAGCUGCAGGCCAAUGAGAAGCUGCCACUGCUGGAGACUCUGGAUCUAUCCUAUAAUGCGUUGAAAAGUCUGCCCUCCCUAGGGCAGGCACUGCCUGCUCUUGCUAGCCUGGACGUCUCCUUCAACCAACUGACCUUGUUGUCUCCUGGUGCCCUACAGGGCCUGAGCAAACUCCAUGAGCUCUCCCUGCGUGGCAAUAAGCUGAAGACGCUGCCUCCAGGGCUCCUGGCGCCCACACCCCAACUGAAGAAGCUCAAUCUGGCUAACAACAAGUUGACUGAGCUGCCCGCUGGGCUCCUGGAUGAGCUGGAGCAACUUGAUACUCUCUUCCUCCAAGAUAACUCACUGUACACCAUACCAAAGGGCUUCUUUGGGAACCUCCUCCUGCCUUUUGCUUUUCUCCACGGGAACCCCUGGUACUGCAGCUGCGAGAUCCUCUAUUUCAGUCGCUGGCUGCAGGACAAUGACAAGAAUGUCUAUCUAUGGAAGGAGAGUCUGGAUGCCACUACGGCCAUGACUCCCAAUGUGGCCAGUGUGCGAUGUGCCAAUAUGGACAAGAUGCCUGUCUACGACUACCCAGGGAAGGGCUGCCCCACAGUUGGUGAUGGGGAUGACGCAGACUACGAUGACUAUGCAGAAGAGGUCACUGAGGGUGAUAAGGUAAAUGUCACAAGGACUGUGGUCAAGUUCUCCACCAAAGCCCAUACAAUCCACUGGGGCCUAUUCUACUCACAGCCUACUGCUUCUCUAGACAACCAGAUGUCCUCCACGUAUCCAACCCAAGAAUCCACAUUUUCAACCAGAUGGAUCUCAGAUUCUACCACAUUCCCAACUACCACAGAAUUCAACACAAUAUCCGAAACUCCAAAAUCCACUACUGAACCUACCACAACUUUGACCACCCCAGAGCCCAAUACGACCUCGACCACCCCAGAGCCCACCACGGCCCCAACCACCCCAGAGCCCACCACGGCCCCGAACACCCCAGAGCCCACCAUGGCCCCGAACACCCCAGAACUCACUGCAACCACCCCAGAGCCCACCACAACCAUUUCAGAACCCACCACAACCCUGAGCACCCCAAAACCCACCACGUUCUUAACCACAGAACCUACCUCAUUCCCUACUAUCUUCAAAUCCCCAACAAUCAUCCCUGAGUCUAGCCAGCUCCCAGAGGUCCGCGGGGUGGUUCAAGGGCAUUUUGAUAGCUUCAGAAAGGACCCUUUUCUCAUCCCUGACUUUUGCUGCCUCCUCUCACUGGGCUUCUACAUCCUGGGUCUCCUUUGGCUCCUGUUUGCCUCUGUGGUUCUCAUCCUGCUGCUGACCUGGAUCUGGCAUAUGAAACCACAGGCCCUGGACUCUGACCAGGAUAAUGCUCUGGCCACAGCCAUGCACACCACAUAUCUGGAGUUGCAGAGGACAACUAUGCACACCACAUAUCUGGAGCUGCAGAGGGAAAGGCAAGUGACGGUGCCCCGAACCUGGCUGCUCUUCCUUCGAGGCUCACUCCCGACAUUCCGCUCCAGCCUCUUCCUGUGGGUACGGCCUAAUGGCCGUGUGGGGCCUCUGGUGGCAGGACGGCGGCCCUCAGCUCUGAGUCAGGGUCGUGGUCAAGACCUGCUGGGCACAGUGGGUAUUAGGUACUCUGGCCACAGCCUCUGA